UUCCCCUACUUCAAUUCUUCUCUCUCCGUAUCUUAAAAUCAGUGUACUUUCUGGCAAAAGCUCCCUUGCCCAUACAAAUCCCGUGCCCCCAUGCUCCACCGUGCUCCGCCGCCGCAACACUCAAUAUCGUCUCCAACGAAGAAUUGCCUCAUGAUUUCCACAUUCACACGCACACGCUGUUGAACUCCGUCGUUUUUAUCGCAUAAUGUCGGCGAUUUCGGCCUCGCGCUUCAGCUUUGCCGUCGGAUCAUCCCGCCCCGCCGCUUCCUCCACUCGAUCAACUCCCGACCUGCACCUUCCGUUCGCAACCUCGUUAAACCUCCAGACGAACCGAUUUAACCCCGGUUUAAGAUCUCUCAAUUUCUUCUCUAACCCUCCACAAGCCUCGACCGCCAAUGGCAAUGUUGAUAUUUCUGCGGAGGGCUCCUCGGCUGCUGUUACAUUCCUAAACGACGACGCGGCGGACGCAACCGUAUUCAUAAUCCAAGCGAGAAAUAGAUUAGGGCUACUUCAAGUUAUCACUCGAGUCUUCAAAGUCCUUGGUCUCACUAUCGAACGAGCCACCAUCGAGUUUGAAGCAGAUUUCUUCAUUAAGAAGUUCUAUGUUACUAAUUCAGAGGGCAAAAGGAUUGAGAAUCCUGAAAAUCUGGAGAGAAUUCAACAUGCAUUGAUUGAAGCAAUUGAUGGUGGCGAUGAUACUCGCGGACAGGUGCAGGCUGGUGGAAGAGGGGUGGUGGUCAAGAAAUUGGGGUUAGGGCUGGAAUCCUCGGGGCAGAGCAGAGGUAAGGCGGAGAGGAUGUUCAGACUGAUGGAUGAAUUUUUGAAGAAUGAUCCAAUGAGUCUGCAGAAGGAUAUCAUUCAUCAUGUGGAGUUCACGGUGGCAAGGUCCAGGUUCAGUUUUGAUGAUUUCGAAGCAUAUCAGGCAUUAUCACAUAGUGUAAGAGAUCGCCUUAUUGAGCGGUGGCAUGACACUCACCAACAUUUUAAGAAAAAGGAUCCGAAGCGCCUAUAUUUCCUUUCACUUGAGUUUCUGAUGGGUCGCUCAUUGUCCAACAGUGUCAUAAACCUUGGGAUUCGAGAUGAGUACGCCGAUGCUCUAGCCCAACUUGGAUUUGAGUUUGAAGUUUUAGCUGAGCAGGAAGGAGAUGCGGCCCUGGGUAAUGGCGGCUUAGCUCGGCUUUCAGCCUGCCAAAUGGAUUCAUUGGCAACACUGGAUUAUCCAGCAAUGGGGUAUGGGCUACGUUAUCAGUAUGGGUUAUUCCGGCAAAUUAUUGUAGAUGGUUAUCAACAUGAACAGCCAGAUUUUUGGCUAAAUUUCGGAAACCCUUGGGAAAUAGAGAGGGUACAAGUAUCAUAUUCUGUGAAGUUUUACGGGACAGUUGAAGAGAAAGCCUCAAAUGGAGUAAAAUACCAUGUGUGGGUACCUGGAGAAACUGUUGAAGCUGUUGCUUACGACAACCCAAUACCUGGUUAUGGAACACGGAAUGCCAUUAAUCUUCGGCUAUGGGCUGCUAAACCUAGUGGGCAAUAUGACCUGGAAUCUUAUAACACUGGAGACUACAUAAAUGCUGUAGUAAACAGACAGAAGGCGGAAAUCAUAAGCAAUGUCCUCUACCCUGAUGAUCGUUCUUAUCAGGGGAAGGAAUUGCGACUAAAGCAGCAAUACUUUUUUGUUUCAGCAUCAACACAAGAUAUCAUCAGGAGGUUUAAGGACGAUCAUGAUAACUUUGACGAAUUUCCAGAUAAGGUUGCUUUUCAAAUAAAUGAGACUCAGCCUUCACUUGCAAUAGUUGAGGUAAUGCGAGUGCUUAUUGAUGAAGAACGCUUAGCUUGGAAAAGAGCAUGGGAGAUUGUCUGUAAAUUGUUUUCUUUCACAAGUCACUCAGUAAACCCUGAAGGACUCGAAAAAAUUCCUGUUGAUCUUCUGGGCAGUCUUCUCCCACGUCAUUUACAAAUAAUAUAUGAUAUAAAUCAUAAUUUCAUGGAAGAACUGAAAAAGAAGAUUGGCCAGGACUACCGUAGACUUGACCAGAUGUCAAUUGUGGCGGAAGGUACCGUAAAGACUAUUCGGAUGGCAAACUUGUCAAUCAUCUGCAGUCACACUGUGAAUGGCGUAUCCAGAUUACAUUACGAAUUACUCAAAACAAGAGUUUUCAAGGAGUUCUAUGACCUGUGGCCUCAGAAGUUCCAAUACAAGACAAAUGGAGUAACACAGCGGCGGUGGAUAGUGGUGAGCAAUCCUAGCUUGUGUUCUCUCAUCUCAAAAUGGCUUGGAACAGAAGAAUGGAUUCGUAAUGUUGACCUCUUGGUAGGUCUACGAGAACAUGCAUCAAAUCCUGUUCUACAACAAGAAUGGAGAAUGGUGAAGAAAAUAAAUAAAAUUAGGCUCGCAGAGUACAUAGAAACUUUGACAGGAGUUGAGGUCAGUUUAGAUGCAAUGUUUGACGUCCAGGUGAAGCGAAUACAUGAGUACAAAAGACAAUUGUUGAAUAUACUGGGCAUCAUCCAUCGGUACUACUGUAUUAAGAAUAUGAAUGAGAGUGACAGGAAGAAGGUUGUGCCUCGUGUUUGCAUAAUCGGAGGUAAAGCUGCUCCUGGUUACGAAAUUGCCAAGAAGAUCAUCAAACUCUGUCAUGCUGUGGCAGAAAAGGUCAACAACGAUGCUGAUGUUGGGGAUCUCCUCAAACUGAUUUUCAUCCCAGAUUACAAUGUUUCUGUAGCUGAGAUGGUUAUCCCAGGCAGUGACCUUUCACAGCAUAUCAGCACCGCAGGGCACGAGGCAUCAGGAACAAGCAGCAUGAAAUUUCUGAUGAAUGGGUGCUUACUAUUAGCCACUGCAGAUGGUUCAACAGUCGAAAUCGCUGAAGAAGUAGGAUCAGAGAACAUGUUUCUCUUUGGUGCUAAAGUACACGAGGUUCCACAAUUACGAGAGAAAGCUACUUCUGAAGUCCCUAUCCAGUUUGUUCGAGUCGUAAGAAUGGUUCGAGAUGGUUACUUUGGUUUCAAAGACUACUUCAAGUCGUUGUGCGACACUGUGGAAGACGGGAAAGACUUUUAUCUGCUGGGGUCUGAUUUUUCCAGUUAUCUCGAGGCUCAGGCAAUGGCAGAUAGAGAGUUUGUGAAUGAAGAGAAAUGGACAAGGAUGAGUAUUCUAAGCACAGCAGGUUCUGGAAGAUUCAGCAGUGAUAGAACUAUGGAUGAAUAUUCCAAACUAUCCUGGGGAAUCCAACCUUGCAAAUGCCCCUUCUGAGACACACAACCAACCAUCUUUUGCUGUAAGAUGAAUUCAUACUUCAAUUUUAGAUUAAAAUAUGCUCUCCUUUUUUUUCUUUUUUAUUUCUGCUCAUUUUUAUUUUUAUUUUUCUCAAUUAGUUUUUUAUUUUAUUUUAUUUCCAUUUAUAAUGCCAUCUUCAUAUUAAUGUGUAUAUUGUCAAGGAUAAUUAAUUGCACAUCAAAUAUUGAACAAAAAUGA